AUGGAUUUACCAUGGAGACCAGAGUUAUACAAGCCAUCCUCAGCUUGUGAAAUUGCUCCUCAUCAAAUUUUAGAGGCCGAAGCCUUGGCGUCCGAAGUCAAAGACUUUGCUCAAUUCACAAAGGAUAUUACAGGAACCCCAUACGACCCGGAAAACUGGCUUAAUCGUGGUAAUUGCCUCCGCCGAUUAGGGUACCCGGAACUUGCUCUUGGCGAUGUUCAAAAGGCCAGGCUUCUAGUCGAAGCAGCUUUAGAGAAUGAUUCUACCUUAGGUACUGAUGCUUACAAAGCAUAUAGCCAGAAGAUAUGGCAGCUCCAUCAAACUCACCCAGCAUGGAUGCCCAGGAAAGCACAGGUUGCCACGCCAGAAUCUCUUCGAGCUUUAGUUACAAUUCUACUAAAAAGACUGGAACUUCAGAUUUGGUCGGAGCUAAUGGAAGGAUUAAUGGCUUCCAAUUGCUGCUCAGAUUAUCUUGAGGUAAGUAAAGAUGCGGUAGCCAAGUUCCCAGAUGAUCAGAUUUUCCCUUCGGAAGUAACAAAUGCGGAAUCAUGGUUCGAGCAACGGCAAAAUAUCCUUCAAGGAUAUGUUGACGAUGAAGAAAUGACAGCCGAGGCCAUGAAGACUACUCUUUACAACGGAGGCGUCUACCCAACAGCAUAUCCAUGGAUGACCGAAGAUGUUGUCACAAGAUCCGACGAAGUAAUAGAAAAGGUGGCGGCCGAAUUUGCCUCUGCAUCAUCCAAUUGUGUAGUCUCAAAGAGCACAAUUAGAUUGGCCAUUUCGCCUGAAGAAAUAUCGGAGAUAGAUGUACUUGGCGUUGUGGCAACAAGAGAUAUUCUGGCAAAAGAAUCAGUUCUUGUUGACCCUACGCUUGCUGCUGUAGUUGACAGUGUCGACCGCUGCCCAGCUUGUUGUGGGCCAUUCUUGAAUAAAAUCGAAAAUUCAUGUUGUAAAACUUUGUACUGUAGCUCUUCCUGCUCUCAAAUUGCACUGGAUAGUUAUCAUACCAUCUCUUGUGGUAAAGGUCUAGAUUUCUUGCUCGGGACCGAAUCAGAAUCUUUGUCAAACCCCACAGAAUCGUCUAUAGGAUCCAACUUAUUUCUCCGCGUUCUCGCCCUUUCUUUAAAAGAAAAUGCCGCCAGUCCCCUGAAAACUUCUCUCAUAUCACGCCUCACACCCGCGUACAAUCCAAAUAACCCUCAACUCAUUGCGUUAAAUUUCAAGGAUCACAUCAUAACCCCAAUCCGCAUUCUUCGUGGGCUUGGUAUCGAUGUAUUCGCGAACAGCGCAUAUGAUACAUGGGUUCUGCACACUAUCUAUUGUCGUUUGCAGAACAAUAAACACGGGCAAACCUUCGAUAAUAUUUGCGGAACCGCCGUAAAUCCUUUAUAUUCGAUGUUUAAUCACAGCUGCGAUCCCAACAUUGAUUGGAGACACGACGAUGAAAACAGCACAGUCACUAUGUUUGCUGAGAGAGAUAUCAGGAAAGGGGACGAGAUGUUUAUUUCGUAUAUCGGGAGAGGCAAGGGUCUUAAGGAAAGACAAGGGAAACUUAUGCCUUGGUUUGGCAUGGAUUGUGCAUGUCACAAGUGUGACGAGGAGAAAUUAGAGGCGAUGGCGGCAGGUAUCACCAUCUGA